UUCAAGUCUUUAUACACUGUGUACGUCAGGCCCAUACUGGAGUACGCAGCACCAGUUUGGAACCCACAUCUGGUCAAACACAUCAAGAAAUUAGAGAAAGUGCAAAAGUCUGCAACAAGGCUAGUUCCAGAACUAAGGGGAAUGUCCUAUGAAGAAAGGUUAAGGGAAAUCGGUCUGACAACACUGGAGGACAGGAGGGCCAGGGGAGACAUGAUAACUACAUACAAAAUACUGCAUGGAAUAGACAAGGUGGACAGAGACAGAAUGUUCCAGAGAUGGGACACAAAAACAAGGGGUCACAGCUGGAAGCUGAAGACUCAGACGAGUCAAAGGGAUGUUAGGAAGUAUUUCUUCAGUCAUAAUGUUGUCAGGAAGUGAAAUAACAUAGUAAGUGAUGUAGUGAAGGCAGGAACCAUACAUUCAAUUCAAUUCAGUUCAAGUUUAUACUCUAUAGCUUUAAGACAAGGAUGACAAAGCUCAGGGAGCAGAGAGAGAGAGGCCUUAGUAGCGAUCAGUGAAGAGGCGGGGCCAGGAGCUGAGUCUCGACCCCUAUAACCACAAUUAGGUGAGUACACACACCACAAGCUUCCAGAAGAUAAUAGCAGUUCUAUAUUAAGUGUCCAGUGACUAUAUAUGUGUAUAUAUAUUAUAGAAACCAGAAGGAAGGAAGGAAGGGAGGAAAGAAUGAAGAAAGAAAAAGAAUGAAGAAAGAAGAAAGAAAGAAUGAAGAAAGAAAGAAUAAAGAAAGAAAGGAUCCUCCCAGGAAACCUAUUGGGUGGAAUUACCAGUUAAAAACAUCAAAAGAUGACAAGGAAAAGAAUGAUAAAGCAAAUGGUGCAGUUCACAAAACUGAUGACCUAGCUGAUGAUCCAGAAAUUGUUGAAGUAAAGUGCAAUGAAGAUAAGUGCGAACCUUCAAAAGGAAAAGUCCACCCAAAACUUCCAAUUUCCAGUACCAGAUCAGAAAUACGUAAAAUUAUCCGAAACACUUCACAGUCAACUUUAUCUGAUUUUUUUGAACAGGAAAAGAAAAAUAAUAAAAGUGAAAAUAUAAAUACUGAUAAGACUAACUGUGUAAAAGAAAAUAAAUCUAAUUCUUUACAAGAAAAUGAUAAAACAGAAGACAUUGUAGAGGAAAACAGUGAAACAAGUAUAGCAGCACUGGAGAGAUUUGUGUGUCGGUGGGAGGAAGUAAAAUCUGGAAGAGAUGACUUCAAAAUUCGGGAUAAGUUAUGGAAAUAUUAUUACUUAUCCCAUUCCAGCUAUACACACUCCAGAAAGUUUAUCGACAUGAUUGAGGGUGCAACGCGUAAGCUGUCAGUUGACAACAUUUAUGUCGUAAUAAAAGACAUAUUAGACAGUUUGAAACGCUACAAAGAUGUUCCCUUUGGAGACAAGGUAAGUUACACAUGAUUGUUACUUUUUUAUUAUACAGGUGCCCUUUGACUUAGGAUGGUUCGACUUAAGAUAUUUCAACUUUACAAUGGUGCAAAAGCAGUUACAUUUUGGAGAUGAAACUUGAGAUAUUUACCUAGCAUGAAGGUGGCAGGUCCAUAGCUUGUACAGGUGUCCCUCAACAUUCGCGAGGGUUAGGGGAUCAAGAGCCUCGCGAAUGUUGAAAAACCGUGAAUGUUUGGUGCCCCAAUAUAUUGUAGGGAAUUAUAAUACAAUACUGCUUAACUUGUUGAACCAUGAACAAUCAUAAAAUACAUGAAAACGUCGUAAAUUGUACUAAAUAUAUACAUGUUAUGCUUUAAUAACAUGUAUGUUAUUAAAUACCACAGACUCCACCACUGCCUCC